AUGCUUCUUCUCCGUCACAUACCUGCUGCGCACAACGGAAAGAAGGGCGAAAGGGCUCUUCGAAGCCUCCUGUUGGCCUUCGCCGUCUUGAGCGUUGUUGCUUGCGAUGUCCUCGCCAGUCAGCACAACGCUGUGCGAUUCCAUCAUGAUCGACUAGGACGCGAUCUAGCAAUAAUCCACCGAGCAGUGCUGCAGUCCUUUGACGCCGCUCCAUCAAGUCCCGGUGCCGGCUUCGACAUGAAAGAGUCCAUCGAGAGCUUCAGCCCUCCACUUCAAGAAGCGCCAAAAACGCUCAGCAUUCCAGAUGCGCAACUUGACACCGAUUCACCGUCAUUCGGCGGGCAGCGAGAACCGGCUUUGGCUCAACACGCUUCUCCAAGCGACCUCCAAGUCGUGGGCAACGGUCUCACUGGACUCGCAGAGGCUGGCAAGAGCCUCCUCGACGGCAUCGCGCACGUCCUUCAACAGAGUCAAAGCGCCUGGGCCAAUCGCGAAAACGCAGCAAACCUAACGCGACGGCUCCAAGAGUCUCUUUCCUCUGGCUUUGGCGGCCAGCUACUCGCUCAGCCUUUCUCACUGAGCGCUAAUACGACUAUGCAGCCGGAAACCUCUGCAGAUGCGAUUCGGGCUAGAGCGGCCUCGUCUCAGGAUGCCUGGUGGUUCGAGCUUAUUGAUCACAACGGGAACGCAACGUUCAAUCCGGACCCCAAAUCGUAUCGUGUCUUCCGCAAUGUCAAAGACUUCGGAGCCAAGGGCGACGGUGUCACCGAUGACACAAAGGCAAUCAACCAGGCCAUCAGCCAAGGCAAUCGAUGCGGCCAAGGCUGUGCGAGCUCGACGGUGUCUCCAGCUGUGGUCUACUUUCCACCCGGCACAUAUCUUGUUUCGUCUCCCAUCAUCUCGUACUACUACACACAGCUAGUUGGCAGCGCCACAGACAGACCCACUUUGCUGGCCGCCCCUAACUUCCAAGGUAUCGCCGUGAUCGAUGAGGACCCUUACACUUCCGACGGCUCCAACUGGUACAUCAACCAGAACAACUUCUUCCGUGCCGUCUUCAACUUCGAGAUCGACCUCACACAGAUGCCGCCUUCUUCGGGCACCGGCGUUCAUCACCAGGUGAGCCAGGCGACCGGCCUCUUCAACAUCCACUUUGAAAUGCGGCAGGACGCCGGCAAUGCUCAGCAGGGCAUCUUCAUGGAGAAUGGCAGCGGUGGCUUCAUGACCGACCUCUCCUUCCGCGGCGGCAGGUACGGCGCUUACCUCGGCAAUCAGCAAUUCACUUUCCGCAACAGCUCUUUCGAGAAUUGCCAAACUGCCGUCACGCAAGCCUGGAGCUGGGGUUGGUCGUAUCACGACAUCAAGGUCAAGAACUGCUCGCUAGGCCUCGAGAUGCGUUCCAGCCCGAACCCGCAAUCCGGCACUCAAGGAGCCGCCUCCAUCUUGGCCUAUGAUUGGAGCUUGAGCAAUGUCGUUACCGCGUUCCAUAUCCUCACUCCUGACUCGGGGACCCUAAUCUUGGACAACAUCGCGAUCAAGAACGUCCGUGCUGCUGUCACAACCGGUCAAGGUGUGACCUUGCUGGACGGGUGUGAUGAACCCUCGGUGAUCGAAAGCUGGGUGCAAGGCUUCGCAGCAGAAGGUCGCAAAUCACUCCAGCAGGCACAGAGCGGCUCAGAUCUGGAGAUAUACAGACCGGCAAGCCUGGUCGCAUCGAACAAGCCUUCGCAACCGUGGUUCAGCCGCAGUCGACCUCAGUACAAAUGGGCGAGCGUUUCCGACUUCGUCAACGUCAAAGAACUUGGCUGCGCUGGAGACGGAGUCACCGAUGAUUCGGCAUCCCUCCAGGAGAUUCUGGACGACGCAAGCGCUAGCGGCAAAAUCGUCUACGUUCCCCACGGCACGUAUUACCUCGAGUCGACGGUAACCUUCCCACCUGGAACCAGAAUUGUGGGACAAGUCUGGCCAGUCUUGAUGGGAGGCGGUGCGCUUUACCAGAAUGCAAGUGAUCCUCAGCCGGUCGUGCGGAUCGGUCAGCGAGGAGAUUCUGGCGUCAUGGAGAUCUCCGACAUCAUAUUUUCAACCAGAGGCCCGGCUCCUGGUGCCAUCGUAGUCGAGUGGAACAUUCGCGAGCAGGAAGGCAUGCAAGGCUCUGCUGCCAUCUGGGACAGUCAUAUCCGACUUGGUGGGUUCGCAGGCACCCAUCUCGAGGCGGACAAAUGCGCUCGAGAAUUGCCGCUGAAGGAGGGCUGUCGCGCCAGCUUCCUCGGUCUCCAUCUGACCACGGACUCGAGCGCCUACAUCGAAAACGUGUGGGUCUGGACAGCAGACCACGAUCUCGAUUACGGCAAUCGCGCCCAAGUCAACAUCCUCUCUGGUCGCGGCAUACUCAUCGAAUCGUGCGAGGGCCCCGUAUGGAUGUACGGCGGCGCUUCGGAGCAUGCCAUCCUCUACCAGUACAACAUUGUUGGAGCGAGCAACAUCUUCAUCUCUCUCGCUCAGACCGAGACAGCCUACUUUCAAGGCGCGGGUCGAGCUGUCGCCAGUGCGCUCGAGCCGCUGUCCCUCGAGAAGUAUCGCGAUCCCAAUCUGGAUGCUUCGUCCAAAGACUCGCCGACGUCGCCCUUCCAGAACUGCGCCGACCCGUAUGAAAAUCGUGGUCUUGGCAUGCGCAUCGCCGACAGCACCAACGUCUUCGUCUAUGGUGCGGGUCUCUACUCGUUCUUCGACAACUACGAUCAGAGUCGUGUCACAGCUCGGCGCUCACAAAAGAGGAUCCUGUGGCUCGAGGACCUGGAUGACGAUGCCAAUGUGUGGGUGCUCAAUCUCAACACGGUCGGCGUUGAUAAGAUGGUCACUGUCGACGAUGAGGACGUCGUCGACGAGGGCGUCCUCCGUAACGGGUUUGGCAACACGCUGGCGGUGUGGUCUUCUCAGCUCUAG